AUGACAGAACAACACAGACCUAGUGGUGUUGACAGGAAGAGGAGGAGGAGCUCGUUGGAUUUUACGGAUGAGGAUUGGGAAGAAAUCUUGAACUGGAUGCGGAACUCACGCGAAGACGGUUCUGAUUCUGGUAUCAUGUCAACAUUCGAAAGAGAGACAUUGGAGAAACUGAUUGAUUCUCUUCCAACAAGGAGGACUACUAGAAGAAAAGCGUUUCUCAAUGAGCAGGAGGCUGCUAAAUCAAGAAACGAGGCCACGGUAAUGGACUUGGUCCGCAGCAUUCCACAAAAUGAUGUUGCGGAUCCCAAUCGUGAAUUGAAUAAUAGAACGAAAAAAUCUUUGCAAAACGAGGAAAUACCGAGGAACAGAGUAUGGCAGAUUCUAAAUUCUUUCACGAUCAAGGAAGCAUUCCCAUUAUCUACCCUGAUGAAUUGGAUGAUGCAAACGAUUGUUCGGAUAUUUGCCAGCCCUUUUGCGUGGCCAGAGAUGGAACAACUGCUAGCAUCCUGGCCCGAACGCACCAUGAUGGAGGAGUCGCCAUCACAGAACGACUCCAACAUCAUCCUUCAAGGCAAGAACAAGAAAGAAGAAGAUCUGGUUCAAGACCAGCAUUGCAAUCCAACACCACCACCACAAUCGAUCGAAUGCAACAGCUCCCCAUCAUCCAAUCAUACUCCAAAGCCACCAGUAUUGUUCAUGCUCUGUGGAAUGGAGCAAUUUGCGUCAAGAUGGAGCAACACAACGACUGACAAUACUGCUACGAACUCAUUUCUUCUCAACGAAAAAGAAGAAGAUCAUGAUGAUGGUUGUCGUCCCAAAAAAGGAGCAGCUUGCAAAUCUCAUGAACCGUCAGCUGCUAAGAAUGGUGGUAAUGAUGAGAACAGUGUCGUGAGUUUGGAAACUCUGGAAACUCAUAUUAUUAGCAAGUUUUCUGCUGGUGAUCACUCGGACAUGUCAUGGUCCAUGGAAUAA